AUGGUGGCGGAAGUAGGUCUAACGGUGGCGGAAGCGGGUCCAGCGCUGGCGGAAGAAGAGGGUAGAAUCUUGGCGCAAGCCGCAAGCGGGAUGGAGGCUGCUCGAUUGAGUGGUGGGAAAAGCGGCGAGAUUCCGGGACGUAUUUCCGAUUUAGAAAUCGUUUCAGACUUGGGCGGGGGGGAUUUAUCAGUGGCGGGAAAAUCGCAUGAAGCAGACGCGCUGUUGAGAAUUCUCACAAGGGCUUCGCUUGGGGAGGACGAUGCGGUGGAGAGCGGUACGGAGGAGCAAGAUUGUUUGCUUCAAAAGCACUCUCCAUGCAGUGAGGCGCUCGAGCCGCCGUUCCGCGCGGAGGGUACUUCGUCGGGAGCGACAGCAGCGUUGCCAUCGGACGGACUUCGCGAUAGCAACGAGAAGCAGCAGCAGCAGCAGCAGCAGCAGCACGAGCCGGUGCGCGACGAUCGUGAGAAGCAACCGCCGCUGAUCCCGGGCCUAUCGGACGAUGUCGCGCGGCUCUGCCUCGCGCGCCUUCCCCGCCGCAGCCACCGCUGCGCGCGCGCCGUGUGCCGCUCCUGGGCGUCGCUGCUCCGCUCGCAGGAGUUCUUCACCCUCCGCCGCGCGAUAGGGCGACACGAGCAAUGGCUAGUCGUGCUCGCGGGGGGAAGAGGCAACCGUCCUUUUCGCCUAGAAGCCUUCGAUCCGUCGCUGCUGCCGCCGCCGUCCGUUCCGUCGCUCGUUAGCCUGCACCCGAUAAGGUCACACUUUCUGUGGGGGUGCCAGCUGGCGACGGUGGGACGCGGGCGGUUCGUGCUCGUGAUUGGCGGCGCGGUCGGGACGGACGCGUAUCACACGCAAAACGCGGUGUGGCGGUACGACGGGGUGACGGGGCGAUGGUCCUCCGCGGCUCCUAUGCUGGACGCGCGGAGUAACUUCGCUUGCGGGACGUUUGGGAGGUUUGUCGUCGUCGCGGGAGGGUGGGACGCGAAGCGGGAGCCGUUGCGAUCCGCUGAGGUGUACGACUCUGAGAAGGACACGUGGCACAGGUUGAUUGGUUUGAACAGGAGGCGCGGGCAGUGUUUGGGUACAGUGUUUGAAGGGAAGUUUUUGGUGCUUAGUGGAGUGGAUCGGAUUGCUAAUAACGGGACGACUAUAACGACGACGCUGGGUUGCUGUGAGGCCAUGUCUCUUAGCGAGGAUGGAUUGGAACGGCUAGUGAGGGGCAAGGAGCGGCGGGAAGAGGAGGAUAUGGUUAGGGAGAGAGAGGAAAGUUCACUCACAGAGAUUGGGCGUGAGAGAGAGGGUGAGAGAAAAGGUGAGGGCGAGGAAGAGAGAGAGGAAAAGGUGAGAGAGAGGGAGGGAGAGGGAGCAGGGGGGAGGGGUAGUACCAGGAGCUGGGCGGCUGAUGGAGAGUCUUGUGUGACUGUAGGGACUGGAGAAGCGGUGAGAGGAGAGUUGGGAGACAAUGGGGAGAGGGGAGGGAGAUUGGGGCAACACGAUGAGGAACAAGAGGGGGGACAUGAGGAGGGAAGUGCGUGUGGUGUUGCGAGUGUGGGGAGAGUAUUGGGGAGCUCUAGCAGCACUACCAGGGAUAGUCGCACAGGCAGUUGUGAAGAGCAGACGAAGCAGGAGCAGCCGGAGGAGCAAGAGGGGCGUGAGGGCAAGGAGGGCAAGAAGGAGAGGAAAGGAGAGGAGGAAGAGGAACAGCUGCAGGAACAGCAGCAGCAGGAGCAGCAGCAGCAGGAGCAGCAGCAGCAGGAGGAGGAGGAGAGGCACGCCCUUGGUUCCGACGGUUCGCUCUCCUGGUCAAUCAUGGAGGCAGCAUGGCUGCUCGUAUCCCUUCCCGGCUCGCUCGCAGUCGUAGAAAAUCGCCUCUUUGCCGUUGCAGACAUAGGCUCAUCACUCCGGGAGUUUGACCCAGAAACAACUACGUGGUGGGAUGUGCUCCAGGUGCCCUAUCCCCAGAAGGGCUUCCGGCUGCUAGCUCUCAACCAGGGGUUGCUGCUGCUGGGGGUGUAUGGUGGGCACUGGCUGAUUCCGCAGAAGCUGCCGCUGGGCCAGGGGUUGAGUGCGGCUGCGCGGGCGGAUGGAGCGGCGCCUCAAAAGGCGGUGCACUGGGAUGGGCUGUCGCUGCUGCACACUGAUGCUCUUGCCUGGGCCAUUCUCACGCUUUGA